AUGUCACAUAGACGUGAAGCUGGUGCUAUUCCACCAUGGGUUAUUCCAGAAGAACAUAAACGUGAUUCAAUGAAAAGUGGAAUAGAUCAAAAUACAAAAUUAAAUGUUGAUAAUGAAGUAAAAGAAAUGAGUUAUUUAACUCAUCAAAAUGAUAAAUCAAAUGCAACUCCUAAUGGAUCAAUGAUAAAGUCUAAAAAGGAACAACUUUACAUAACCGGUGGACAAUUAGUAAAUAGCGAUCAUAUACAGUCUGCAAAUAUAUUGAUUGAAGAUGGAAAGAUUGUGUCAACUGGUACAAACAUUGAAGUUCAACCGGAUACGCCAACACUUGAUGCUACCGGAAUGUUAAUUAUGCCAGCUGGAAUUGAUAUGUCUACUUACUUAAUACAAGAUAUCCAUUCGAUUGAUACAGAAGAGUAUAUAAAUUUUACAAAAGAGGCCUUACUUGGUGGGACUACGACAAUUGUUGAUACUAUCAUAUGUCCAAAAGAUUCAUCAGCUGUUGAUCUUUUAAUAAAAUAUAAAAAUACUUUCAAAGAAACAAAAUUUUGGUGUGAUAUUGUCAUUCGUAUUGGUUUUAUGGAAAUUCAAGAGAAUCAUUUAAAUGAAAUAGAACAGUUAACUAAACAACAUGGAAUUAAUUCGUUUCUAUUUAUUGUUGAUCCAAUGGAAAUGGAUAAACCUUCUAAAGAUUCAUCAUACAUUACAAAUUUAUUAAAAGCUUUGGAUAAAUGUAAACAAACUGGUUCAAUUGCUGUUAUCAAAUGUGAUCUAAGAAAGUUAAAUUACGAUUGUUCAAGUGAUUAUUUGAAUAAACAAAAUGAUUUGGAAUUAAGAUCCAUUGAAAAAUGUAUUGUACUUGUUACAUCAACAAAUUGUCCGGUAAUUUUCUCUUCUAUCAAUGAAAUGAAUAUGAUUGAAAGAAUUUCUAAAGUAAGACGACAAAUUCCACCUAUUCACAUUACUGUAUGUUGUACAUCAAAUUCAUUAUUAUCGGAGAUAACACAUAGCCAACAAUUUGGAAAUGGAUUCUUACCAUUACUAACCAAUGGUGAUAUCAAAUUAAUUUCAAGUGAUCAGUCUAAUAUUGAUACAAAUGGAAAGUCUAAUAGCUUACAAACAAUUAGACAAAGAUUAAUAACAACAUGGAAAGCUGGUGUGCCAUCAGGAUGGUUAGAUGCUUCUACAUUUGUUAGUCUUACAUCAUCUAAUGCUGCAUAUUAUUUAGGUUUAUAUCCAAAUAAAGGAUGUUUAUAUCCAGGAUCAGAUGCUGAUUUAAUUUGUUGGCCAUAUGAUAAUAUAAUUAAUUGUACUAUUCAACAUCCAUCUUUAGUUAUUCAUCAUGGGAAAUUAAUAGUAUACAAUGGUAAUCUUAUAGAAGAUAUAAGUAAUAAUAAUAGCGAUUUAAAGAUUAUACCAUGUAAUCAUCUGAAUGAAAUUCAAUCAAAUCAACCACUUGGAAUGUUACAAACCGGGAAAUUAUUUCCUUCUACUAUUUAUGAUCUGGUUAAUGCAUUUGAAAGAUUACGUAAAACAAAUCAAAUGCCUGUUAUUCGUGAACCUUGGACAAUGAAUAAUUUAAGUGGAGAAUUAACAACAAUUUCAAAAAUAACAAACCAUCAUGAUAAUAAUAAUAAUGGUAGUGAACAAACGAAAGAUGGAAAUCCUCAAAAUUUAAUGACAACGCCAAUCAACAUACGUACAAUACGUGGUAAUCGAGAUUUACAUGCUUCAGGAUUUUCAUUAAGUGGAGCUCAAGUUGACGAUGACCGACCAAUAAGAUCAACAAUUCGUACACAACAACAAAGUGAAACAAGAAAUCCAUUGUGGUAA